UGUUAGGUGAAAGCUUUAACUUCAGACUUCUUCGGAGGUGGGAUGUGUGCACGUAACUGGAAUGCCUUCCCCCUCACUCCUUCCCAUCCAGGGAGAAGGGGUCUGGCACAGCCCAAGCUCCUUCCUUAGCUGCUGAUGCUGAUGCUUUUUUUCUGGGGGAUCCUGAGAAGGAAUGCUACAGUCCGUAGUGGGAUUACUGCUGCCCUGCCUUGAGAAAUGGGAUCUCUUUCUAUGUAUUUUGCCACUUCGGCUUUGCUGGCAAUGACUGAGUGAAAUUUCGGAAAGGACCCCAUGUGAGAAUGUGUUGGUGUCUUUAAGAAGAAAAAGCUCUGAGUUUAAAUUAAAACCAGCCAAGGACAAGUGAGCACCUGCAUUUGCACAGAGAAUGAGGAAAUAUUAUGAGCUGGAGAUGCUGAUAAAGGACUAAAUUAGAGUGCGGCCCAGCAGGCAUGGAUUUACCAGGACACCUCCCCUGUUCAAGGCUUAUAGCUGGAUGAUCUUGCGCCAGGGGAAGCCUCUUUCCUCAGCCUAUGGAAGAACCCAUCAUAAUUCAGGCCUUAUCAUCAUGAAUGGUUUUGAACACAUGGAACUGAAGUUACCAUCUCUAACCCCACUAUAUAAAGGAGCGUCUAAGAAUUACAAAGAGCAAUUUUUGUAAAGGGGCAUUCAAACAACACAAAGGAGGUUCUUCACACACAGGCUUGAAGGGGAAAAGAAAGAACCCCCCCCCUCCCCUCCUUUCUCCUCAAAUACUCAUUGCUGCAGAGUUUUAAAGGGAGUCUGAAGCUUUUAUCCUCGCAAACUUGAUGUGCUUAUGUGCCAUUGUAAAACUCUAUGGGAAUGUUCAACGAAGAUAGCAGGGCUCACAAGGAAAGACAUUCUGCCCAUAAGGAUCAUUUAGGCGUCUCCUGUAAAAGAAGCAGGGCUAUGUGUACUACACUAUAAACUUCUUCCAAGUCCAUUUGCUUCUGGAAAACUGCAAAGCCCACUGGAUUUUAGGAAGCACAAGAGGUUCCUUCACAUCUUUAAAUAAGAUUGCCAAAAGCUCCUGUGUGUGUGAACCUCACUGCACUUCGACCAUGAUCAGUGUAAGCUGGAAUUUCAUCCUAAUUUGGACAAAGAUAGGGCUGUUGCUCAAAAUGGCACCUCACUUUGUCAGUGCCAAAUCAUGCCCCUCAGUGUGCCGCUGUGAUGCAGGAUUCAUUUACUGCAAUGAUCGUGACUUGACAUCGAUCCCUGCUGGGAUUCCAGCGGAUGCUACAACCCUUUACCUUCAGAAUAAUCAAAUUAAUAAUGCUGGGAUUCCAUCUGAUCUAAAAACCUUGAUCAAAGUGGAGAGAAUUUAUUUAUACCACAACAGUUUGGAUGAGUUCCCCAUCAAUCUCCCCAAGUUUGUCAAGGAAUUGCAUUUACAAGAAAACAACAUAAGGACAAUUACUUAUGAUUCCCUGUCACAAAUUCCUUAUCUGGAAGAGCUGCAUUUGGAUGAUAAUUCUGUUUCUGCAGUUAGUAUUGAAGACGGAGCCUUCCGGGAUAAUAUCUUUCUCAGACUUCUUUUUCUUUCUCGAAAUCACCUCAGCACCAUUCCCUGGGGCUUGCCUAAAACAAUAGAAGAGCUGCGCUUGGAUGAUAAUCGCAUUUCCACAAUUUCUGAGGUGUCCCUUCAAGACCUUACAAAUCUGAAACGUCUAGUUUUAGAUGGAAAUCUCUUAAGCAAUCAUGGAUUAGGAGAAAAAGUCUUCAUGAACCUAGUCAAUUUAACGGAACUCUCACUGGUCCGUAAUUCUCUUACAGCAGCUCCAACGAAUUUGCCAGGUGCAAACCUGAGAAAGCUUUAUCUGCAAGAAAACCAUAUAAAUCGUGUACCACCUAAUGCUUUUGCAUACCUACGACAGUUGUAUCGGCUAGAUAUGUCAAACAACAAUCUCAGUAAUUUACCUCAGGGUGUCUUUGAUGACCUGGACAAUAUAACCCAGUUGUUCCUUCGCAACAACCCUUGGCGCUGUGGGUGCAGAAUGAAGUGGGUUCGUGACUGGUUGCAGACAAUGCCUGUCAGAGUGAAUGUGCGUGGACUGAUGUGUCAAGCACCAGAAAAAGUGCGUGGCAUGACCAUCAAAGACCUCAACCCCGACCUAUUUGACUGCAAAGAUGAUGAGAUGGUAAGCACUGUCCCAAAUACUGCUUCAGUACCAAACACUUUAUAUCCUGGAGAAGGACACUGGUCAGUUUCUGUCACCAAAUCACCUGAAAUAAAGACUCCAAAUCCACGCAGAAGCUACAGGACAACUGCUACCCCAGUACAGGAAAUCAUUACCAUUGUUGUAAAAUCUGUAAGCACUGAGACUAUUCAUAUUUCUUGGAAAGUUGCACUACCCAUGACUGCUUUAAGACUUAGCUGGCUCAAAAUGGGUCAUAGCCCUGCCUUUGGAUCUAUAACUGAAACCAUUGUUACAGGAGACCGGAACGACUAUCUGCUCACGGCUCUUGAGCCAGAUUCACCCUAUCGUGUAUGCAUGGUUCCUAUGGAAACCAGUAACAUCUAUAUGUCUGACGAAACCCCUGUUUGUAUAGAGACUGAAACUGCACCCCUUAAAAUGUACAACCCCACCACUACCCUGAACCAUGAACAAGAGAAAGAGCCCUACAAAAAUUCCAACUUGCCCUUAGCUGCCAUCAUAGGAGGCGCAGUGGCAUUAGUAGCGAUAGCACUGCUUGCGUUGGUCUGCUGGUAUGUCCAUAGGAAUGGAUCCUUGUUCUCAAGAAACUGUACAUACAGCAAAGGACGGAGGAGAAAAGACGAUUACGCUGAAGCUGGAACUAAGAAGGACAACUCCAUCUUGGAAAUCAGAGAGACGUCUUUUCAGAUGAUCUCUCUGAACAACGAACAAGUGUCCAAGGAGGAGUUUGUAAUACACACCAUAUUCCCACCAAAUGGAAUGAACCUGUACAAGAACAACCACAGUGAAAGCAGCAGUAACAGAAGUUACAGGGACAGUGGUAUACCUGAUUCAGACCAUUCGCAUUCAUGAUACUAAGGGAAAAGAUAGACUUGGGGAUGGUUGGGGGUUUCUUCUCACAAAGACAGGCAACUGUAAUGGUUGCUGGCUUACUGCAGAACACUGGAUUAAAAGACUGAAUAAGCAAUGUAUUGUACAUUUGCCAUAUAAUUUAUAUUUAAGAACUUUUUAUUAAAAGUUUCAAAUUUCAGGUGACUGCUGCUAUUCAUGUAGCAAGGAUGUCUGAAAACAAUUCUAUAUUUUAGUAUUUUUUAGUAAUUUGUACUGUAUUUUCCUUGCUAAUAUUGAAAUUACAGACCAUUUAACUUUUGUGUUCUACUGAGUAAGAUGACUUGUUGACUGUGAAAGUGAAUUUUCUUGCUGUGUUGAACAAUCAGGACUUUGCAUACAUUUGAGAUCCUUUGUGAGUAUAAGCACAGGCCAUUUUCACUUUGGUGUUUGUAAAAGGUUGAACCUUGCAAAUUGAAGACCUUCAAAAGUUGUUACAAAAUGGAAGAAAAUACAACUAAAGUUUAGUGACUAGUGAAAUGUGCAAAGUAGUGGGCAAUAGCAGUUAUUUAGCUACAACCAGUACAUUGACUGUUGGGAGACUGCAGCAGAUGGCUGAAAUCAAGAUAAGGCAGUUGAAAUAGGAAUUCAAGCACAUGCUAUAGCCCCAGAAUAGAUCUGUUCCUAAACAAAGAGGAGGGAAAAGAGAGGAGGGCUGUGUUUCUAAAUAGAUAAACCAGUCGUUCUAUUUAUGGGAGGCAGAAAAAUUAUAAAAAUCCAAACAUGUAAGCAUCAAAAACUGAAUUAAACUUUUGUGUACUCUAUAGGAGGACUUAUAUAAUUGACAACAACAGUUCUUUCAGUAUUACUGAAGCAUACAAUGAAUAUGCAGGAAAAUAUUAUAUACAUUAUACAUAUUUCAACUGCCAUCAAGAAAUAUUGCCCAUUACUGUCACAGUUAUAUGGAAAUUAUUUAAUAAACAUGCAAGUGAAGAUACUUUGAUUGGGCUUUCUACUUAAUGUUUAAUACUUUGUUGCCAUAACUAUUUCCCCCCCAAAUGAAAACCAAAGUGCAUUGUACGCCCUUUGGCCAGACUUGUAUGUGCCUUUAUAAAAAGUGACAUGUGUUCCACUUUUAACCGGGAACAAACUUUUCACCCACAUACACUUAAUUAUGGAAAGAUAUUGGUCUUAAUGCUGAAUAAAAUAUAAAAUGAAAUACAGAAAAAUAAGUGCUCUUCUUAUCCUCUGUACAUACAAUUAAAAAGUGUUACAUAAUG